ACUUGGGAUCUGGGAUCGGGAAAUUGGAAGUGUGAGGCCACUAGAAGAGUCUCAACCUCUUCUUACGUUGUUUUUAUGUCUUCCUUCAUUAAACGUUAAUAAAUUUUUUCCUAUUAUCUUCUGUGAUUGUUCCGGUACCUAUCAUUAAUAUCAGAGCCCACGAUCGCUGCACCUUGUAUGGUUCUCACUCGAUCGAACAUGGAGCAGCGGAUAACUAAUCUGGAGAUAUCGUUGGAAUGGUCUGGGGCAGAUAUGCGCGCUGAGAUGAAAGCUAUGAUGGAUGAGAAAUUGCAGAUGCUGUUAGAGAAGAUGGAACGUCUCGAGACCCAAAGCAGUCGCAGGCAGAUAAGGGGACGAUCGAGGAACCCUAGUCGUCGUAUACUCGUAUGAAGUUUGAAAACCAUGUCUUAUCCUCGUCGCCAACUUCAUCGCAAGCACAAGAUCCCCGUUUGCAGGCUUCUUCACUAAUCGAUGCUCACAGUUCCUCUUCGCGAACGGCCUCAACCUCCUCGCAGUUGUUGUCGCAAAUCAAUCCUCACAUAAGCCUGGACCAGGUUGGCUCCGAAAAUGGAUUGCCGGGAAUUCCGCCUUCAAAAUUAAACAAGGGGUUGAAGACAGCUGCACCGUCAGUCCAGGAGCGAAGUCUGGAAGAUGAUAUGAUCCCACCUGAUAAUCAGGAGCUUUUGAAACUGCAGGAGGAGAAAGCCGAGGAAAUUAUUUCAGGUAAAGUGGAACCUGACAAAUUGGAGUCUUGCUUUUUGUAUAUCCAGACGACUGGAACAGCCAAUAGCUCUGAUUUUAAGUCUAAUCAGUUUGAAGAUAGAGUUCAUAGACAAUGGAAAGAGAAUGCUUUCAACAUAUACAUUUUUUGUGCAAAGGAUACCUCAGCUGCAGUUAGUUGGCCAAACUUGAAUCAAAGUUUGCAUCCAGUUUCAUCUGCGGUGAAUGGAAAGUAUGAGGCAGUUCAGGAAAUACAGAUUGCUAUUGUUUAUUACCUUGAAAGAACUGGUGGAAGCGAAGAGAAGCCAUAUGAGAGGAAAAAUGGUGAGUCUUACACAGCCUACUGAAAAUGAGAAUGGCUGCUAUAAGGAAUCAAAUAAGAUGAUGACUAAGGGUAAUCAAGAACAGAAUGAGAGUUAUGCAUAUGAUAGACACACGCAGCUACCAACUAAAUACUUUGACAGAGUGUACAAAAGAAAGAAUAAAGAAGUCUGUUAGUAAACAAUCUGUUAGUUUGUUAGUCAGUUUGGUUAUUCCCUGCGUGGAUAAGCUGUCUAUAAAUAGAAGUGAUUUAGCUAUUUUUGGUAGGCUGUUAGACUUGUUGACUGGCUUGUUGGAGACUGGGCAUCUCGAACUGUCCCCCCUAAUCCCUGUACUCAGUUCUUGUUCUCAGAUAUCAAUAAACCCUAAUUCUC